CCGCUCGCGCACUCUAUGGCCGCCGCGUUUCCCGGUUUCGCGGCCUGGGCCCGAGCGGCGCUCAGAGUACCGCCGCGGAGGGGCCGGCAGCUCUUUGGAAGUACUGACGCCGCGAGGACCCGAGGGUGCCCCAAAGCCAUGCCGCCGUAUGACCCCUGACCCGACCGGACCCCAUUUGGAACCGCUCUGUCCCAGCUCUGAGUGGGGCCUCUGAUCCCGCCCAGGCCGGCCUUGGACCCAGCCCCAGCCUCCAGAGUCCGGGUGCGCGCCCCUACUCCCGGCGCGGCCCUAGAGCCCCGCUCUCCCUGCCAUGCAUGGGAAGCUGCUGCCGCUGGCCGGCCUCUACCUGGUGCAGGGCCUGCCCUACGGGCUGCAGUCUGGCCUGCUGCCCGUGCUUCUGCGGGCGCGCGGCCUCUCCCUGACACGCGUGGGACUGGCCAAGGUGUUGUACGCGCCGUGGUUGUUCAAGCUCGUGUGGGCCCCCCUGGUGGACACGUGGGGCUCCCUGAGAACCUGGCUGACGCUCAGCACAGCUGCUCUGGGCCUGGCGUGUGGGCUGCUUGCAGCCCUACCUCCUGCCGAAGCUGGCCAGGCCGGGCUGCCCUCCACUGUGGCAGGGCUGCUUUUGCUGCUGAACCUCGCUGCAGCUGUGCAGGAUGUGGCCCUGGACACACUGGCUAUGCAACUUCUGGAGCCCUCUGAGCUGGGGCCUGGCAACACGGUGCAGGUGGUGGCUUACAAGCUGGGGGCGGUGCUGGCCCUUGUACCCCCCAUCUCCUGGGCCCUGCUCUUUCAGCUCCUGGCUGCCACGUACUGGCUGGUUGCUGCCUUGGCCUGGGUUGCGCCAGCCCUACAACAGUUACCCCCACCUCAGCACUCAGAGCCGCCCCGACAUGUCCUGCACCUUUGGCAGGACUUGCUGGCUGUGCCUGGGACCCUGUGGACGGUGGGCUUUGUGCUCACCUACAAGCUGGGUGAGCAGGGUGCCGGCAGCCUGUUCCCCCUCCUCCUGCUGGACUGCGGCAUUUCCACCUCUGAGCUGGGGCUGUGGAACGGUGUGGGUGCUGUGGUCUGCUCCGUUGCUGGCUCAUCCCUGGGCGGGGUCCUACUGGCCAAGCACUGGCAGCCACUGCCCCUGCUGAGAUCAGUGCUUUGGUUCUGUCUCGGAGGCCUGGCCUGCCAGACUGCCCUGAUCUUUCCCCUGGAUGCUCCUGCGGCCCAGCUGGGCACCUGCACAGUAUUAAGAGGUGAGGGGUUGGCCGUAGUGGGGAGGAGCCUGGAGUCCUGGGCCCCGCUGACCUCAGCUCCCCCAGGGGCAGCCUUGCUGAGCCUGUGUCUGCAGCACUUCUUGGGGGGUUUGGUCACAACCACCACCUUCACCCUGAUGAUGCACUGCAGUCAGCUGGCACCCAGUGCCCUGCAGGCCACACACUACAGUCUCCUGGCCACGCUGGAGCUGCUGGGGAAGCUGCUGGUGGGCUCACUGGCUGGAGCCCUGGCUGACAGCCUGGGGCCACACCUCUGCUUUUGCUUCUUCCUUGUUGUCUCAGCCACACCCAUCCUGUACUUGGGCCUGGCACCCAGCACCCUGGCCUGAGCUGGGUGGCCAGACUUGUCAAUAAAGUGGAGUGUGCAUGUG